GCCUGGAUUCGUACGAGCUUUACCGGAAGAUAUCGGUGAUAACGCAGUUUUCGCAGUCGAGCGAGUAAUCGAGGAAGGGGGAGUUAUGGUCAAGAUUGUUCAACCAUGAUGUUGUGUGAUUUCUGGAAAUAGGAAAUUGAAGUACAACUUCCAUUUUUGCUGCUUCUAAGCAUCCUCGAAACGUGAUGCCUCACUACGUUCUGCAAUUACGAGUGCAGAAAAGUUCCGCGUGGAUGGCAGGGAAGGGUCUGCUGACGAAUAAAUGGUCAAAUUCUUUUCGCUAUGGUUUCGAAAAAUUAUUGAAACGGUUCAAGAAGUAAUUGUUGUGGGGCCGGGGGUCGUAUGCGAAUGCGAGGGGCGGAUGGAUCUGCUGGAAGCAUGGUCAUUUCUUUGAUGCGUGUUUCCUGCUACCGCUUCUAUUUUCCUUUGACUUACUUAUCUUCCUAUUCAUUGUUCUUUCAUGAUGUUUGUAAUUGUAUUCUGGCGUCAGGAUCAUUACGAUGCAGAAAAAAGGGGCGCUUGUCGCGACAAAAAUGUACAGACAAGACUGGAGCGACCUGAGUACUUAUGCUUUUCUUGCUUCCAAUCGCUAUUGCAUAGUUCUACUUUCCCGAUCCAUCUCCUUGGCUCCGCUGCAUGCGGUC